AUGCAGCUGGAGCAUUGUCUGUCGCCUCCGUCGAUGAUGCUCUCCAAGAAAUUUCUCCAUGUGAGCGCUGGCGGCAGCGGCGGCGGCAGCGCUUACCCGCCUGCCGCGGGCGGAUCCGAGCUUGUCUUGCACGAGCACCACCACCCGCACCCCCAUCACCAUCCGGCUGCCGCCGCCGCCCUCCUUUCGGCGAGCGCUGACAACCUGGAGAGAAGUUCACCUCUGAAAAAACUCGCCAGGGGGGGGAUGACGAAUCAGGCCGAGGCAGACAAUUUCCCUGACUCCAAAGACCCGCCAGGGGACCAGCAGCGCGCCAAACUCUCGCCUGUCGUCUUGGACGGCGGCGGCGGCCAGGAGCAGCUCCGUCCAACCUUCGAUGGAGCGGCGGCGGCUGCGGCAGCGGCAGCAGCAGCAGCAGCAGCGGCGGCCGCAGCCGCGGCGGAUCGAUACUUGCUCUCCUCGCCAGCCUCCUCCGGCCAACCCCCGGCCGCUGUCUCGGCUCCCCCGGCCGCCGCCGCCGCUACCAUGUUCCCCUACCCGGGUCAGCACAACCACGCGGCCGCCUUCUCGCUCGCCAGCCCCAGCCGCUACAUGGCGCACCACCCGGUCAUCGCCAACGGAGCAUACAACAGCCUGCUCUCCAACUCCGCGGCGCCUCAAGGCUACCCGGCUGCCGGCUACCCUUACCCGCAGCAGUACGGUCAUUCCUACCAAGGCUCGCCUUUCUAUCAGUUCCCCUCAGCCCAGGCCGGCCUCGUCCCCGGCAAGGCACAGGUCUACCUAUGCAACAGGCCGCUCUGGCUGAAGUUCCACCGGCACCAGACCGAGAUGAUCAUUACCAAGCAAGGCAGGCGAAUGUUCCCUUUCUUAAGUUUUAACAUCUCGGGUCUGGAUCCCACGGCUCACUACAACAUUUUUGUGGAUGUCAUCCUGGCCGACCCAAACCACUGGCGGUUCCAAGGCGGCAAAUGGGUGCCUUGUGGCAAAGCGGAUACCAACGUGCAAGGAAACCGCGUCUACAUGCACCCGGACUCGCCCAACACAGGAGCCCAUUGGAUGCGCCAAGAAAUCUCCUUCGGGAAACUGAAACUGACCAACAAUAAAGGGGCGUCCAACAACAAUGGGCAGAUGGUGGUCCUGCAGUCCCUCCACAAAUAUCAGCCUCGCCUGCACGUGGUGGAAGUGAACGAAGACGGCACCGAGGACACCAGCCAGCCGGGUCGGGUUCAGACCUUCACUUUCCCGGAGACGCAGUUCAUCGCCGUCACUGCCUACCAGAACACCGAUAUCACACAGCUGAAGAUCGAUCACAACCCCUUCGCAAAAGGCUUCAGAGACAACUACGACACGAUCUACACGGGCUGCGAUAUGGACCGCUUGACCCCGUCGCCCAAUGACUCUCCCCGCUCUCAGAUCGUGCCGGGGGCUCGUUAUGCAAUGGCGGCCGCCGCGGCGGGCUCCUUCCUGCAGGACCAGUUCGUCAGCAACUACGCCAAAUCCCGCGGCUUCCAUCACCACCAUCACCCGGGAGCGGGCGCCGGAGGCGGUGUGGGACCCGGAGGACCCAUGCCGGAGCGAGGCGUGCCUCACCCUAACGGGCUGCUCUCUCCACAGCAAGCCGAAGAGCCCGCCGCGCCUUCGCCCCAGCGCUGGUUCGUCACGCCCGCCAAUAAUAGGCUGGACUUCGCGGCCGCCUCAGCCUACGACCCCGCCGGAGAUUUGGCGGGAAACGCAGCCACGCUAUUAUCUUACGCGGCCGCCGGCGUUAAGGCUCUGCCGCUGCAGGCUGCUGGCUGCACCGCUCGCCCGCUCGGCUACUAUCCGGACCCCUCGGGCUGGGGGGCACGCAGCCCGCCCCAGUAUUGCGCCAAAUCCUUGUCGUGCUGGCCUAACAGCAGCGGUGCCCGCGCUGGAGGAAACCCCUAUUUGCCCGCCGGGGCUGGCGGCGGGGAGGAGCCCGACAGCCUGGCGCCCCCUGAGCGCUCCCCUUUGGUGGCGCCGCCGCCGCCGCCCGCUGCCGGGCCGCCUGCCGAGGACUCGAAGCCCCCUAAGGACUUGUCCGACUCCAGCUGGAUCGAGACUCCCUCGUCCAUCAAGUCCAUCGAUUCCACCGACUCUGGGAUUUACGAGCAGGCCAAGCGCCGGCGGCUUUCUCCGGUGGGUACCCCGGCCUCAGAGAGCUCUUCGCCCCUCAAGAGCGAGCCCGCCUUGGCCCCCAGGGACUGCGACAAGACCUGCGCCAAGGACAUCGGCUACUACGGCUUCUACACGCACAGCUAGAGAGAUGCCUUUGGCCACGCCCCCUCCCGCCC